AUGGCUAGUGAAGCUGUGCUAAAGUAUUUAGAAGAUACAAAUAGACCGUAUUCUUGUGCUGAUGUUACCGUGAACCUAAGGGGUGCGUUUUCCAAAACAGUAAUACAAAAAACUCUUGACGCAUUAAGUGAGGCGGGAAAAAUAAAAUGCAAAUUGUAUGGGAAACAAAAAGUGUAUGCUGCGAUACAGCUUGAUAAUAAUGAAGGCCCUAGUGAUAAUGAAGAUUACGAUGCCAAAAUAAUAGAGGUAACUAAAGAUUUAGAAGAAAAUAGAACAAAUUUAAAAACAAUAGAGAAUCGUUUAAAAACAUUGUUGGCAACACCAACUACAGAGUCGGCAAAACAGCAAAUAGAGGACAUUAAUAAAAACGUAGAAAGUAUGGAGAAAAAAUUCGCAACAUUGCGAGAUUCUGUCGAAGUUAUAAGUGCUGAGGAGAAGAAGACUAUACUUAAUCAGCAUGAUAAAUAUUUACGUGAAUAUAGGAAACGCAAAAGAAUUUGCUCAGAAAUGACAGAUACAGUAUUAGAAGGGUAUCCGAAACCUAAAAAGAACUUUAUCGAGGAACUUUGCAUAGAGACAGACGAAGCGGUCGACUUUAAACUUACGUCGCAAUAA